GUAGCUGGCAUGGUUAGCUGUCUGCAAAGAACAGCCAUUUCCCAGUGAAAUGUGCUCGUACAUGAGUCUUGCUGGUGUACCACAUACAGAUGACAAAUGUCUUCUGCAGGAGAUGAAGGAAUAUUGAUCUUGCUGACCUGAGAUGUCGUGGCACCCGCAAUACCGCAGCUCCAAGUUCCGCCAUGUGUAUGGCAAACCUGCCAGCAAGGAGAAAUGCUAUGACUGUGUGCCCAUCACCCACAAUGUCCACGACAACCACUUCUGCGCUGUGAACCCCCACUUCAUUGCAGUGGUGACUGAAUGCGCAGGCGGCGGUGCUUUCCUUGUCAUUCCCAUCCACCAGACAGGCAAGCUUGACCCACAUUAUCCCAAAAUAUGCGGGCACAAAGGGAAUGUUCUCGACAUCAAGUGGAACCCAUUCAAUGACUUUGUAAUAGCGUCGUGUUCAGAAGAUGCCACAGUUAACGUGUUAUGGGACAGCACACUCCCGGUGUUGAGCGACUUCAGUGCGGUGUUGCCCAGUCUCUCUACUCAAGACGCCUGCUGUGUGGCCACCUGGAUCAAAAUCUGGGACAUCCCCAGGCACUUGCUAACAAAAAACAUUACCAAUCCGAAGAAGGAACUUCUUGGGCAUGUUCGAAGAGUGGGCCUCAUUGAAUGGCAUCCCACUGCUAAUAACAUCCUCUUCAGCUCUGGCUAUGACUACAAGAUUAUGAUCUGGAACCUUGACAACAAGGAGGCUGUCAUCUCAAACCCAGUGAAGAUCCUUGAUGCUCACAAAGAUGUGGUCCUCUCCAUGUCAUUCAACACAGAUGGCAGUCUCCUUGCCACGGCCUGCAGGGACAGAAAGAUACGACUGAUAGACCCUCGUGCAGGAACAGUCCUACAAGAAGCCAGCUACAAGUCUCACAGAGUCAAUAAAGUCUUAUUCCUUGGAAACAUGAAAAAGCUGUUCUCUACUGGAACAUCUCGGUGGAAUAAUAGGCAAAUUGCAUUAUGGGAUCAAAAUGACCUUUCCGUGCCUUUACUGGAGGAGGAUCUAGAUGGCUCCUCAGGACUCCUGUUUCCCUUCUAUGACUCAGACACACACAUGCUUUAUGUGGUAGGAAAGGGUGAUGGAAAUAUACGAUACUAUGAGAUAAGCCCUGAGAAACCAUAUCUGAACUACCUGAUGGAAUAUCGUUCUCAUUUACCACAGAAGGGAAUUGGAAUGAUGCCAAAGAGAGGCCUUGAAGUGUCAGCUUGUGAGAUCUUCCGUUUCUACAAGCUGAUUCCAACUAAGAACAUGAUUGAGCCUGUCUCCAUGAUUGUGCCUCGACGGUCGGAGUCAUACCAGGAAGACAUCUACCCCUUGACCACAGGAGACAAACCGGCACUGACAGCACAAGAGUGGCUGAAUGGAAUUAACAAAGGGCCUCUCUUGGUAUCCUUGAGACCAGGUUAUGGAGCUGUGAAUUCCUUACCACGGUUUCCUGAGCCAGAGCCACUCAUGAAAACUACUGACCUGAGCCAGCCUCAGAAUCAGGGAGGAAGGAUGCCACUGGAGGACGUGCAGAAGCCAAGUGGGGCUGAAGACAGCAGAAAACAGCCAGAAGUGCAGGAGAAGUUGCUGAAAAAUGAGCGAAUGUGGCUCACCAAUGGCUUUGACAUGUUUGAGUGUCCACCACCAAAAACUGAAAAUGAGCUUUUGCAGAUGUUUUACCAGCAACAGGAAGAAAUUCGUAGACUACGUGAGAUGGUAAACCAGAGAGAUGUCCAAAUUAAGCAGAUGGAGCUGGAGCUCAGAAACCUCUGCACGAACACAGGCAGGCACUGACGGUGCUGGCCUGCAGCUAUUUGUACUCCUGGCAACUUGAGCAGAUUCCAGUUCUGUGGAUAACUCCUCCAAGAGUUUAUGCUGGGGGAAAAAAUUGAUGCUUCAGGCAGCAUGGACUUUCCUAGCUUGUGGUGGUCACAUUUCCCUAAUCAUCACCUGACUUAUUGAUGGACAGUUAUUGCUGUGUUUCUUCAGGCUCCCCUUGCUUGCCCACUCAUGUCAGAAGCUCAUGCACUAUAGCUAGUGAGUGACUUUGGAAAAUCUUGCUCUGCUGCUGCUGGAGAAACCACCUGUUAAGCUCCAGGAACAACCUGUUUAGCUGCCCCUUGACAUGACAAGAGGACAAGAGACUGAAGGCAGCUGCCAGCUUCUUUUCUCACCGUUGGACCCAGCAGAGUGGCUCCUGUGGCUGCUGCGCUCCUGCGCCAGGAGGUCACUCUACAUCUGAGCUUCAGAGGCACCUCCAGUUCCAAAGUGAUCAUCAUGCAGCCCUCUCAUCUUGCAGCUCGGCCUGCAGCCAGGUGGCUCGGCAAAGCCGUGACUGCCUUGACCUGGUGCUGGGGAUAGUCCUGCUCUGAGUGGGAGGCCGCACUGGGGCUGCCAUGGGCCAAUACUGUUGUGAUAGGUAGAGGAGAGUUGCUGUUUGGAGGUCCCACUGUAAAGGGGCAAUGGUGUGUGCUAGUUCUCACCAGAGGAGCUGCAGAGUCCAGCAGGGAUCUCUGGUCCUUUGAGCUGGUGGCCUUCUUUCUCUCCUUCUGCCAAACACCAGUCACAGUCACCUGGAGGCUGUGCAGCUGUGGUGCUCAUCAGACAAAUGAGGACAGCAUUUAAAGCUGUGGUGUUGGCAGCAGGGGCUUUGCUCUCACUUGUUCCUGUGAUGUGGGGCACUGUUUGUUGCCCCAGGGGCCAAGCACAGCAGCAACACUGCAGGGGGAAUAUUUUUCCUUGUCCCAAAUGCAGAGCUUGUGGAGGUGUCUUAAACCCAAGAAGAGCAAGCAGCUGCUGUUUAGCUUGUAACUGUGCACCUCUGUUGUGACACAUGGAGGAAUGUAUACUAUGCCCUGCUGGUUCUCUGAAGUGUGAUGAUUUCCCAAAGUCUGAAAAAAAAAAAAUCUCCAUAGUCAGAAAUUCCUGCAAACAGACUCCUUAUUAAGGGGACUAAAGGCUAUGCACUGCCUGUGCUCAUGUGAGAUGCCCCUCUGGUUAUCCCUGAAAGCAAUAGCCAGCAGGGAGCUCACGGGCAAUAAAUACUCUUACAUGAGAAUCACACGAAGACUUCAGCAAUCCUUUUGCUGUGCUGCAAAGACUUCACCCAGCUUUUGAAGAUAUUUCAUCCAUUUCUACAUAGCAACAACAGAUGUGGGUGCUAAAAAGUCACAAAUAUUGCUGGUUCUUUCUGCAGCAUUACAAAGAGGGUGUAGUUAUUCAUAUUUUUCAGGAAGAGUCCUUUAGAAUCCCUCUACUCUUUUUGUAAAAAGUAAUAUAUUAAUAACAAAGUUGUUGAAACAAUGUACUUUCCUGUGCCCUGGGAACACUGUGCAGUUACAUGCAAAAGCAGCUCACUGCAGACAGAGCUUUAAUCCAAACACGAGUCUUACACCAGAAGUGGUCAGGCUUUCUCACCAAAGAGAGGAGCAAUGUAAGAAAUCAAGAAGCUCACAGCUUUUCAGCUGUGUCAAACAUUCCUGACAGCCUCAAAUUUCAAAGGCAUUUUCACAGGGGUUAGCCCCAGGCAUAUGACACUGUGGUUUUCAAGCUGUCAUUAUCAGAAAGGAGAGCAAAUAACGCAUCCUCAGCAGUCCAGCGGAUACGACACUUUUCUAUUCACUGUUUUUUUUUUCCCUAGGUUAUUUUUGCUCGUUUUUCAUACACAAUAAAUUAUUUAAAUUAUUUCCAAGUUAAAGUAAUCUUUUCCAGACUGUUUCUUUGUUACCCUAUGGCUGGCUAGCAUAGAAAAUGGUUGGCCACCAUGGUUCUUAUUGUGUUGAUUUCAGCAUUUCUGGAAAAGAAGUUGCUUUCAUUUAGGCUUUGCUGGCAACAUUUGAUAAGGUGAGACUAUUUAAUCAAAUGUUCUUUUUUAGACAGUAUGCCCACAAAAGCAUUGACUGUGAAAUGUAUUUCAAUUUGGAGCUUAAAGGCAACCAUAAAUCUUACACAUAGAGAGAAAAGAAAAAGUGCAGGAAAUGGAUUUAUGUGUUAAUGAACUGUGCCUAAAUAGACUUAAGUGAUCAUUUAAUGGUUUCUAAAACUCCUAACAGCUUUGUAAAAACUGUAAAACAUGGGGAUAAAAAACAAAUUUGUGCAAUGAAAAGCAAAUGUACCUGAAUAAUAAAUAUAUUUAGAGUUUUACUUUUUGAUA